UAUACUGCGUCACUUUCCAGCCGACCGCCGACCGUGGGAGAGAUUUCCUCCUACCUCCUUCGUGCGUUUUUUAGGGUUUGGGCUUGAACUCUGAAGAGCUAAACAGUUCGGCAGAAGAGGAGCGUUUUCGUAGGCGGAGAUGAGACCGUUGGACGAGGCUGAGACAACUGCAGUGUUCGAAAAGCUCUUCAAAUUCGUCGGAAACAACCUCAGGAGCAUCGUUGAAAAUCCCUCCCAUGAAGGUCCCGAUUCCAACGCUGGCCGCUAUUGCUUCCGCCUCAACAAGAACAAAGUCUACUACGCCAGCGAAUCCGUCGUCAAGCGCGCCACCAACAUAGCCCGACCCAACCUCGUUUCUCUCGGCACUUGCAUCGGCAAAUAUACUCACGGAGGUAAUUUUCAUCUCACAGUUCAGGCUCUGAACUUGUUGGCUGCUAAUGCUAGGCACAAGGUCUGGCUGAAACCCCAGUCUGAGAUGUCUUUCUUGUACGGGAAUCAUGUUUUGAAGAGUGCCUUGGGAAGGAUUACAGAGAGCAUUUCGCCUGGUGAUGGGGUUGUGGUGUUUUCCAUGUCCGAUGUGCCCCUGGGUUUUGGCGUGGCUGCUAAGUCCACUCAGGAUUGCAGGAAAUUGGACCCUAAUGGUAUUGUGGUGCUUCACCAGGCGGAUAUUGGUGAGUAUCUGAGGACGGAGGACGAGCUUUGAAGUAUCUGAGGAUGGAGCGACGGAGGACGAGCUUUGAAGUAUCUGAGGAUGGAGGACGAGCUUCGAACUAUCUGAGGAUGGAGGACGAGUUUUUUUAUUUUUUUGGCAAUAGUGUUGGUGUUAGAAAGAGGGGGAUAACUCUUAUAAUUUUUGUGAGUGUCUUAUCCAAUUCGGGUCAUUGUGAGAUUUUGAUUCAACUAGGAACUUGUGUAUUACACUGAGAACUCUGUUUUGCAGUGACUAUAACUCUAUUUAUUCAUCUUCCUCUGGACUACGUUAGUGCCUGCAAUGUUAUUUUACUUGUAUGAA